AUGAACACAGACGGUCAUCCGGUGGAGGCUAGAAAGGAGUUGCGACUGAACCUCGCGCCCCAGAUAAUUGGCUCUCGGAAUAUCCCAGAUAUAGUGGUAAUCGAUAGGGUGGGCAGAACAGUGAUCAUAGUCGACGUGGCCAUCUGGUUCGAAAAUGGGAGGGAGGCAUUCGAUGCGGCUAGGCUGCAAAAGAUUGAUCACUACGGACGCAAAGCCGUCAUCCUACCUCAAUAG